GCCACGGGGAGCACCCGUUGACGGCACGGCGGAUAGGUGAAAAGGUCACUACGCAGUGGAAAAUAGUGCUCCUCGGUGAAACCAAUUUCAAUAUUUGUAAGAAUAUUUAUGGCUUUUAUAAGAUCGCUAAAAUAAGUUUUCGUCACGUUCUGAUAUUCUCAGCAUAAAUCGUCUUUGAAAUCGUUGUUAUAAUAGUUUUUGACCUCUCGUUAGCAGCCCGUAUAUAAUGGCCCACGUGCGAAUAGCCAUCAGCCGCUUUUUCUGCCCGAAAGCCGGCAUUUUGCGAGUGCCCAUUCUGCCUCUGAGCUGCAGCUUCGCGACAGCCGCCGACAAGAUGUCCAACCCCCGUGUGUUUUUCGACGUGACUGCUGAUGGGGCUCCCCUCGGCAGGAUUGUGAUGGAGCUUCGCCCCGACGUCGUCCCGAAAACUGCCGAAAACUUCCGCGCCCUGUGCACCGGCGAGAAGGGCUUCGGUUACAAGGGCAGCAUUUUCCACCGAGUCAUCCCUAACUUCAUGUGCCAGGGAGGAGACUUCACCCGGCACAACGGCACGGGCGGCAAGUCCAUCUACGGCGAGAAGUUUGAAGAUGAAAACUUCAUCCUGAAGCACACCGGACCAGGGAUCCUUUCCAUGGCUAAUGCUGGCCCCAACACCAAUGGAUCCCAGUUCUUUAUCACGACUGUGAAGACUGCCUGGCUCGACGGCAAGCACGUGGUCUUUGGUGCCGUAGUGGAAGGCCAGGACGUCUACAAGCAGAUGGAGUCUUUCGGCAGCCAGAACGGCAAGACCUCCAAAAAGCUGGCCAUCGCAGAUUGCGGUCAGCUGCAAUAGGGGUCAUCUUGGAAACAAUGGGGGCAAAGAUUUCCAACACUUCGAGCCACUUGUGCAACACCGAAGGCUGUAUUCCACCCUCUUCUUUCAUAGGCAUUCUGAAUUGUUUUGGAGAAAUUUAGUCUUAUUAUUGGCUUCAGCUAACUAAAUGUUUCUCUUCUGUGUGUUGUACACACUCCCAAAGCCGUAUGAAAUAAAGUUCAUUUUCACUGAA